AUGGACGCCGCCCUCCUCGCCGCGCUCGACAAGCUGACAGAGACCCUCCAGACUCUGCAGGCAGGCGGCGAUGGCGCCUUCGCGCUGCAGCUAUACCCACCCGUUGCACCUGAAAGUGCUACUCCCUCUGCCGUCACAGAGGCUCCCGCCCUGGGCCUUCCUCAACUCUCAACCAUGUCGAAGGCUGCGCCUCUCCAGAUGACCUACACUCUCGGCGAGCGCGGUCCCGUGCUCUCAUGGGCAAUCGCUUUCGGGCCCGGAGCUCAGGCAGCUUGCAUGCUGACAAGCAACGGUGUCGAGGCGAAAGCUAACUGCGGACCACCAGUGCCGGGCCAUCUCACUGGACCAGGAAGGGCAUGGGACGGCGUAGUGCGCGAGGCGGGUAGACGAACUCGGCGAGCGUUCUACAAACCCGAGCCCGAGCCAUGGUCCGAGAGCGAGAGUUACGUCGACAGCGAGGACAGUGCGUGCAAGCUCGAGGCGCAGUCCUGGGUCCAGGUCCAGCGCACGUCCCUGCCCUCUCCGCCCUCGUCGUCCUCGGAGCGAACCAAGAUCGCAACUGCGACGCAGGCGACACAGGUGCCGGCACCAAACCUGCCGAAGGAGGAGGAGGCGCCGCCUCAGCCGCCGGCGUCGGUCACCUCGUCGAAGCGUGGCGAUCCCUACGACCCGCAGUGGUGGGUGAAGGACCGGAAGGCGGCCCUGGCAUCGUCUGGCGCCUCUGUUGCCCAGCCAGCCGUGUCGCGGCCAUCCAGCGCACUGCCUUCGGCUGGUUCGGAGCCAGGAUCCCGCCCUAUAAGUCCGUACAACCCUCACUGGUGGGUUAAGGACAAGGAGCGGAAGCCUGAAGUCACUGCUGUUUCGCCCGGUUCCAGUGACGUUAUAGCCCAGCCUCAGGCUGUCUCACACUCUCAAGUAGUAGUCCAGAUCCGUCCGUCCGCCCAGUCGUCGUCCGGCUCGGAGUCGCGAUCUCGCCCAACUAGCCCAUACAACCCGCACUGGUGGGUGAAGGACAAGUCGCAGCCCACUCAGCCUGGACCCGUCUUUCGCGACUCCACUUCCCGUCCCGGCUCAGACUCAGGCUCUCGCCCAACCAGUCUGUACAACCCCCACUGGUGGGUCAAGGAGAAGAGGAAGCGGUCCGACUCCACCUCCGAAGCUGCUGCCCCGGCCCCCGAAGCGGGGCACGUCGCUCAGCCCAAGAUCGCAGACUUUCAGCCCGUCGCCGCUCCCACUGCUUACCCCGCCUCCGAAUCCCAGCCCGUCCCCGCCUCCCCCACCAGUUCUGUUGGGAGCUCCCAGGGUCUGUACGACCCGCACUGGUGGGUCAAGAAACGGUCCAUCACUCCGAGAUCUCCCUCUCCAGCAGGAUCCCGGCCCACCUCUCCCUACGACCCUCACUGGUGGGUCAAGGACAAGGACAGCGUCAAAAGCGUGGUUCAGAACUCCGCGCCUGCCCAGCCUAUCUCCGCCACGGUCCCCUCCCCGGUCCUCCCCGCCGCCGCGCAAGUCCACCACGAGCGCGAGCCCACGGGCGAGCCCAAGCCCCUCGGCCAAGUCAAGCCAGUCCCAACUGAGCCUGUCGCUGCCGACGCUGUCCCUUCCGUUCCGUCCCGCCCGCAGGCAGUAGACGACAGAAAGUCUGGCCAUCUCUCAGCCUCCGAGCGCAAGGUGAAGGUGCGGAUGCGCCGCGGUCUGCCGUUCUUCGAAGACCCCCGACACACCUCCGCCCUUGUCGACCUUGAGUAUCCAGUCGCCCACCCGCUUCCUGCUCAUCCGGAGGGGUGCGCAAUCUGCGACCGUCGUGCGGUGCGGAGCGCUCUCUUCCCGCAUGCCCCGCCCGGCUGCGCCAAGGUUGCUCCCAGGGUCGGCCCGAAGGUUAUCUCGAAGCUUCCCAAGGCUCCUUCUCAGGCGGCAAAGUCUACCGCACCUGCGGCGGUGAAGGCGGAGACGGCGAAGGCGGCAAUGGCUGCAGCAAGUGCGGUGAAGGCCCCGGAGGCACCGAAGGCUUUGAAGAUCUCUGGCCCAACUGGUGGCCAACUCACGCCGUCGGGAUACAUCCAUGUACCUCUGCCCCGGAUGGCGAAGAAGCGGAUGGAGUUCCCAGCCCCGAUUGCUUCGGACAGAUGA